AUGAGUGACUCAUCGCGCGCGGGCAGCGAGACAUCGGCUAUUACGGCCACUAUACCGCUGCUGUUGAUGAUGAUGACUUUUGAAGUCGCCGGGAUUGUCGGCAGAGCAGACACGCUGGCUUGUCUGUUUUUCCUCUCGAGUUUCCUGCUGUAUCACAAGUACUUGAUGAGUGGACUCGCUUGGCAACUGGGCCUGAGCCUGGCAGCCAGCGUGCUGUCCAUGCUGAGCAAGGAGCACGGGAUCACGGUGCUGGCAGUCAUGGCCCUGCACGACUGGCAUCAGCGCCGCUUUCAAGUGCAAGCAGUUCAGCAUUCAAUCAGCCGCACCAAUACCAAUGCCAACACCAAGAGCGUCAUCAGUAGCAACGUCGUCGUUGUUCCCAUCACCAAUGGUAUCGGUCGGGCUCGACAGCAGGGCUGUGAUGCUUCGGGUGACGGUGCCGCCGUGGAUGCAGGUUCCUCUUCUUUGUCGUCGUCGUCGUCGUCGUCGUGCACGCCAAACAGCACCAGCUUCUACGCCAGAAUGGCCCCCAUCGCACUGACGGUGAGUGAGCAAUAA